AUGAACACAAAAUUAAUCCAUUUAAAAUUUAAACAGUCCGAUUUGCAUGAAUCUCUCCGACAGCCACUUAAAAGACUAAGCAAUCGACAACUGUCAGUAUUGCUAAAACAAAUUAGAGGGCAAAGAAGAAAGCAGCAGGGAGAGAACGAGGAAAUAAUACAAGAUGGCCAAAGCCGGAAAUCAAUGCUAACAGAAUUACACACAUUAUUACGUUCAUCUUCAAACAGUCAAAGACUUAGACGUCCAAAAUUAUUAACAAAUAUUAAUAUAAUACCUAAUGAAUGGAAUAUAUAUCCUCCAAAAAGAUUAAAUAAUAAUGAAGAAAUAAGGCUAGAGGGGGAUGUUAAGAAUGGAGGGGAAAAUGAAACUACUAAUUUGUUAAAUAUUUCUUCUAUUGAUAAUAUUACAAGGUGGAUUUUAAAAUUUUUAAUUUUAUUAUUAAGAUUUUGCAUUUUUUCCAUUUUUAGUCAAAAUUUGUUAUUACUUUUUAAGCAAAUAAUUUAUUGUUAG